AUGCCCGAGUUUACUGGCAAUUAUUUUAAUACGCGCUUGGUUGAAGCGGCCGGAGAGGGCGCCCUUAAUGAAGUUGAACUUUGUCUUGCUCGAGGCGCCGACAUCAAUACCAAGGAUAGUUAUGGAAUGACUCCUUUAUAUAAAGCAGUAUUGUUCGGGCAGUAUCAAAUCGUGGAGUUCUUGAUGAAUCAACAUGAAAUACCAGAUCUCGAAGCUACGGGCGAGGAUGGAGAGACCCCUCUUUGGAGAGCUGCCACGAUGCCAGAUGAAAGAUUUUUGGACCUCUUAUUGAACAAAGGCGCCAAUGUUAAUUUUAAAGGGCGAGGUGGAAUUACACCACUAUACCGCGCGGUGUUAUGGAAUUGCGAUAAGGCUGUAAAGCGCAUUUUGUGGGAAAACCCCGGUAUCGAGAUCAGAGACGAUGAUGGAGAGACCCCUCUUUGGAGAGCCGUCACUGAAGGAAACAAAACGACUGUGAACCUAUUGCUGAGAAGUAACGCAGAUGUCAAUGUGAAGACUCCGAAUGGGGCCACGGCGCUCUUACAGGCUGCCAUAUGUAAUGAAGCGGACAUUGCUGAGAUUCUGUUGGACAAUGGGGCCAGACUUGGAGCAGUCGAUGCAGAAGGAGAUUCGGAAUUGAGCCACGCGGCGUUCCAUGGAAACCUCCAACUUGCAGAAAGUUUGCUUAAAAAAGGUGCAGAUGUUGGAACAGCUAAUGAAGUUGGCAUGACACCCUUUCUCUGGGCUGCUCGGGGAGGCCACGAACCAGUUGGGCAUUUGCUGCUUUUGGAAAAAGCUGAUCCUGCAGCAGCAGAUAAUGACGGGUACACAGCAUUGCAUUGGUCUUCCAUUUCAGGAAGCGUCGCCUUCACUGAGCUAGUACUUAAGGAUGGCGCUCCAGUUGAUGUCGAUCAGCAAUCGGGCCCACGUUUAACUAUAGAGGACAAACAACCAGAGACGAAGAUUGUGCCCACUAAAACUGGAGUUGGCAUCGAAUCGAAGUCAAAAGCUGGCGAAACCGCAUUACACAUUGCGUCGGUGAAUGGAAGCGAAGAUGUUGUAGCGGUUUUGUUACGAAACGGCGCCAACAUCAAUACACGAGAUGCUGCACAGUGGACAGCCUUGCACCAUGCAUCCAAGUACGGACACACUAAGACAAUGGAGCUACUCUUGAACAGGAAAGCCGCUCUCUUGACGGCAAAGAAUUCCGACGGCAAUACUGCCUUACAUCUAGCCAGCGACAAGAAAGGUGAAGGCCCGAUUGCAUUGCUGCUGAAGCAUUUAUCAGAGGGGGUUCGCAAUAUCAUCGCGGAGAAAAACCUCAACGGAGAGACUGCACUUGCAAUCGCAACCGAUGCAGGCAACAAGACCAUAGUGCAGCUUCUGGUGAACAAUGAGGCUGAUAUUUCUCUGGAAGAGAUGGAAAGCGGACAAAAGUGGCCGAAGAUGGAAAGACCAAAUCCGAAACAGGUCGAGGCAAUAGGUGCCCUGCUCUUGGACAUUGAGUUCAACCUGGAGGAAUCCACCAAGAAGACCUUGUAUUGGGCUGCUCGUAAUGGCCACAUAACGCUGGUCCGGAAACUAAGAACCCACGCUGCGCUUAGAGAUACACUUUAUUGGGCCGCUGUUGGUGGUCAAGAAAAUAUCAUUGAGAUGUUGCUGCAUGAAUACGAAAAGACUGAUCCUAAAAUGAUACUCUCUGACGAUGCUGGCCCCAAAUCUGUUCUGGCAGCGGCCCGGAACGGGCACGAGCAGGUUGUCCAGCAAUUACUACGAAAAAUGAUGGGUUUCAGCGGCAUCGGAUUUAUCGACACGCGCACCCUUUCGCUAACGAAGUCAUGGACUCCGCUUCAUUGGGCUGUCAACUAUAAUGAUCCAAGGGCAGUGGAGGUGGUGAGAUAUAUGCUGAUGAACGGGGCUAAUCCUGAGGCUACUAUAGGGGACGAAGGGGAAGGCGUUUUGACCGCUGUGAAUAUGGCUAGACGUUUGAAGGAUGGUUUCCAUCUCGUCCGAACAAUCGUCAGCCUAUUGGAAACGCCGCUAAGGCUUCCUCGGAAACCUAUCCAGUUAGUUGAGCCGCAUUUGGGACCUGGUGGCCUUCAAGAGGUCUGCAAAAGGGUCCAUGCAAAUAUCAUUGACUUUUACCCUUCGGAUGGUCGUUUCUACACACUCGAGAGAAAAAGUGCUGUAUAUGAUAUUAUUUAUAAAGAAGGUCCAGAGAAGAUCAUGUCCCAAGCAAGAGAUAAUUGGAAUAUCAAGCUCCAGCAGCGUUUCCGAUGGAUUCAUAUCCCUGCCAACAAUUGGAUAUGGGUAGAGGACCUCAUGAGAAGAAUUUCAUAUGAAUCCAAGCAAUCCGCCGGCGAAUAUACAAGACUGAGGCACUUUGUGGAACAGAACCGCCGUGAGCAUCUUGGAAAAACUCAAUGCCGAUUUAUGUAUCCAGCUCUCACUUUUGAGAACAAGGAUUUUCACACCGGAGGCGGAGCAAACAUCACCACGCUUCAAAAUCAAGCGAAGAAAGAAGAACUGGGCAAAAUUAAAAAACCAAAAGGGUCACAGAAACCCGAGAACCCUCCAGAGCCUAAAACCAAUAAGACGGGCGCUGUGGCCAACACUUCCAAAGGUAUAGUCGCUGGCCCUGUUCAACCAAGGGGACAGUACGGAGGCCCUACGAAUCUGUACAUGUCAGAUGCUACCAAAGAACGCGGGGGUAAAGAAGUGAGAGGUAACCUGCAGGACGUGGAGGAUCGGGUGCAACUGACUACAAUCAAAGAUAACAGUGUCACGAAAAACGACAAGGAAACGAAAAAUCUCGAGCGGCGCGCUGAACAGCCGGAACCCAAGCAGCACCACACAAAUGACCAGCCAAAUAAGGAGGUUCCAAGAUCAGGCCAGGGGGAGUCCAUGUGUGAGCCCGCAACGGUCCAUUUAGAAGGCUGUAGAAUGGCCCUAUGCUUGCCAUAUCUCACGUUUCGGACUGUAAAGGCCCACCGAAAGUUACGACAAGCGAUCCGACUGGCGGAGGAGGUCCAUCGUAUAUCACCCAAGAGCAAGAAUCCACAAGAGAAUGCAGUUUUGGAGGACUUUGUUCGACCAGCCAGAUUGGCCCUCCUUACGAACGCGAUUAUGCAGGGUAAUAAUCUACUAGAGAAGACGCUCUGUGACUCCAAGAGGCUAAAGUUGGGCUCUUGUACAUGCGACGAACUCCAGAGGCUUCGAGAGGCGAUCGCUAGUAUCAACACUAACGACAACACGAGUCUAGAAUCGAAAGAAAAUCUAAAGUCAAUUGAGAAGUGUCUCAAAGAGCUGAGGAUGGAAAAUACUCCUUCCGAAGUUCUGGAGUGGCGUGAGAGGCUUCAGGACUCUAUUGACAUCGUCAAGCAAGGUAUGAAGAACCGUCAAAAUGAUUCGAAAACCAACGGAUUGUACCAACAGUACCUUCGGCCUGGAGAGGAAAAAGGUAUUCACACGUCUCGAUCGAUCGACCAGUACUAUUACUCGUCACUUGCCGAUACCAGUCGGCGUGAUGCGGAUCAGGUCGUACGUCGAUAUCAAACUCGGAAGUGGGAAGAAGAAGCGGAGCACAACCAUGGGAGCAACAGCAAAACGCCAGAUGAUGAUUCUAAUUUCCAGAUGGGAAUGGUGGACCAACUAUGGCUCUGGGUCAUAGAUGAUAAGACCGUGGUCACUUGCUUCCCAAAAAGUUGUGGCGGAGAAACCAAGGAGAGCAGCCGGCGUGAGCUGGUUGAUAAAAUUCGCCUGCACAUACACGAAGAUACGCGCCCAGAAAUUUCAUCGAUUUAUCAUCUUGCUACAGUUAUAACGAGCUUGUGUGCCGGCUUCAUAGAAGACUGUCACGCAAGUCUUCCCGACGGACCUGAAUCGUUCCUUCAUAUGUUCUCGGGCUCUAUUAGUAUUGUGACAGAUGAAGAGGUUAGGUGCUUCGAGGUCUUCAAACGAGAGAUUAGCAAACAUGAGGACCCCCACGAGAUGGACGAUACUAGUUCCCAUUCCCAUGGGUUGGACCUCCAGAAAGAUAUCAAGCUACUUGAGGAGAUCAAGGAUAUUCGCGAUGAACUCAACAUUCUUCACAGUAUUCUCGAAGACCAGGAAGAUUUGUUGCAGAGGUUAUCCACCUUGAUUUCCCAACCAGAUACAGUGGCAGAACAGAAAAUCGAGAAAGACCCUGUACUCAACUACUACCGAGAACGCAGUGAUAUCAAAUUGCGAAUUGAGAAAAUCCGGAAAUUGCAGAUGGAUGCUGGCACCGCGUAUAAUUCGCUUAAUCAUCUCCUGGAUCUUAAGCAGAAGAAUGCGAACAUCAUGGAAGCUGCUCAAGCGCGGAUACAAACUGAGCAAACGUUUAAGCAGUCGAUAGAGACCACAAAACAGGGAAGGACGAUCCUCGUCUUCACGAUUGUUACGAUUAUAUUUUUACCAAUGUCCUUCCUAUCAUCUUUCUUCGCACUAAACAUCAAGUCAUUCCCGCACGCAGAUGGAAACCUGUUGUAUACAUCGGAUUGGAUAUUUUCAAGAAUAUUUGGCACCUCUGCAGCGCUUACUAUUCCCUUAGUCCUCAUAGCCAUAUAUAUCAACAAGUUGCUAGAUCUAUUUGGACCUGGUCCUCGUGCCUCCCAAAACAAGGGUCCCAAACAACCUUCUUCGCCCAUCACCCAGAGACUAAAAAACGUUGUGCCUAAAACGAGUGGUACUUCAGGUCUAACUCAGCUGCGGGCCAAACUCAAGCCAAAAUUUAUAUACCGUCGACACAGAGCUUCCCCACAAGCGGAGUCCCGAAUUGAGCGGGGAGAGGGUAAGCCGAGUAAGGUUGUUGUCGCUCAGUCGGAAGAGAUUUUAACUGGCGAUUCGUCUGAGAAAUAA